AUGCGUUCAGUGCUCCGCUACGCACUCCCGUUUCUUCCAGCAGCAUGGGCGUCCAUCACGGUAUACCACCAGCAACCUUUGGGGGUCACUGCAACGACUGCUACACCAAGUGGUUCAGCGGCUGCGGCAGGCUACACGGGAGCAGCAGCUUAUGACCCCACCAUACUCAAUCCUCCACCCGUCCCAAACCCUCCUCCGCCUACCACCUUCUUUCAGCAACUGCAUAAUUCACCUGUACCGGGUCUAUCUAUUCCGCAAAGUGGUUACUUCUAUGGCUUGUCGGUCGAGUUUUCCGUAAUAAACACCUCGGUACUAAUAGGUUGGUUAGGCCUUCUUUUGAGUUACAACUGCCUCAAAGUACAUAGCACCCGUCUUCAAGUUCCAUUUCUCAACCUUAUCUCAAACCUACAAUCUCGUGGCGGCUCAGUUCGCAUCAGAGUCGGCGGUAACACCCAGGAAACAGCCACGUUAGUUGAAUCUUUGGCGGAUCGGAAGAUGAUAGAGAAACAAAAGCAAGACACGUCCAAUCCCACAAACACUCCCGCAUUGCUUUACACUCCCGACGUCUUAUUCAUGCUUGCAAACGUGUCCUCGCUCGUGAACGUUGAUUGGUAUCUUGGCGUUCCGAUGAACGACACUAGCCAUCUGCGGCUCGCCAUCGCUGAAUAUGGAGAGGCUAUUCUCGGCAACAGGCUCAUCGCUUUCCAAGUUGGGAACGAACCGGACCAGUACCCAUUACACGACCAUCGACCCAAAACCUAUGGCCCACAGGAUUACUCGAAUGAGUUUGGAAUCAUAGAUGCUGCUCUUCGUGCAGAUUCGAAAGUCGCCGUUGUCGAUCGCAAACUUUUAGGUCCCAGUCUUUCUGGUCAAUGGCAACCACAGGAUGUCUGGGAUGUAAAUUUCAUUCCCGACCACGAAAAAAGUCUUCAAGCAGUUUCGAUGUCGUUUUACCCUGCAAACAAUUGCGCCAAAGUAUUCGGUGGACCCAAUGCCGCCAAUGUUAUCGAUCCUCAAGCCAUUUUCCCGAGUUAUCUUGACCAUACCGCUGGCCAAAACAUUGCGGCGAAAUACCUCAGUAGCACAGCAUUAGCGCAAACGUUCAAUUUACCAUUUGUGAUGAUGGAGACGAAUACUGCUUCUUGUGGUGGGUUUCCGGGUGUCAGCAACUCGUUUGGAAGCGCAUUGUGGGCAUUGGAUUAUGGACUUCAGCUCGCCUACAGCAACUUUACGACGGCUUUGCUUCAUGUCGGUGGCCAAGAUGUCUACUACAAUCCUAUGACUCCACCGCCAACCAACCAGUCGACGUUCCGCCAAUGGACCAUCGGCCCGGUAUAUUAUUCGAUGUUGGCGGUCGCCGAAGCGUUCGGAACGAGCAACCAGUCACAGAUAAUCGACCUCCAAACGAACAGCAACAACAUUUACACCCCUGGUUAUGCUAUCUACGAUGGUGGCUCCUUGGCGCGGCUGGCGCUGUUUAACUAUGUGACCGAUCCCUCUGGGGAGAGUGAUUAUAACAUGACAUUUGCUAUUGGCGGUGGCGAUAGCGGUGAAGCCAAUGGGACACCCGCACAGGUCAAGGUAAAAUACUUGCUAGCGCCAUCGGUGUCUGCAAAGGACAACAUCACCUGGGCUGGGCAGACAUUUGGCGCUGCAUUCCAGUCCGACGGACGGCCAAUUGGUGCUGAGCAAGUCCAGACAGUAACCUGCAACACGGACAACACCUGCAAUAUCAAGGUUCCCGCCCCGGGCUUUGCUCUCGUCUUCCUCAAGGACAUGGCGAGCUCGGGCGAGAGUUUCGGGGCGGUCAAAACGUUUGCGACGACGGCGUUAACGAAGACGAUUAAUACGGCAAUGAUCGACCCCACGGCCUUGGCAGCUUCGAAUGGCCAGGCUGGUGCCAACUUUAUGGACGCCAAGACGAGCAAAGGCAAGGCGAAGAGUGAUGCUGCAGGAAGGGGAAGAACCUUGUCGGGAUUAUGGAUGUUUGGCAGCGUUGUUGGUGCUUUGUUGGCGAUGUGA